UGUGCCGUGUAGUGUUUUUUUCGCGGUGCUACUUUUGUGAGGAAAUAGUCGCGGAGUGUUAGUGGUCGCGAAGUUCUUGUCUUGGCUAACGAGCUAGCCAAAUAACAACGUACUGUCACGGUCUCGUUAGCAACCAGCAGCGCUUCUUAGAAAAGGGUUUUGUGCUCGGUUGUUUUUAGUAAUUAACAGUUUUUAUUUGCAGCCGAACGCUGGGGCUGCAGCUUUCACCGAUAACUAUGGAGGCGUAGAUUAGACGUUUGCAUGGUUGAAUGUGCGGGUGCUUAAUCACUGUAUGUGUGUGUGCGAGUGUCAACGACACUCCGUGCAUGCUAACGCUGGUGUUUAUUAAUGACUGCAUGUUUUUGUUGGGUUUAACUAACGUGAAGCAGUCGUUCGGCUGCUGUCAUCGUGUCUCCAGCUUCCUCACUCUUGGCGUAAGGAUGACCGUGAAAAUUAUCCGCUCCAGAAUGAUUGAUUGACAGCCAUUGGCGGUGGCUAGCGUCGGAUUUCAUUCAUGUAAUAUAAGGAAAUGUUGCAGUUUACAGUUGAGAUUGGUUCACAGUGACAGAGGGGCGGGAUGUUGGGGGGCUGCUGAAAGCACCGUGCAGUGGGAGUGGGCAUGUCACGAUAUUUCCCGUCACGAUUCAUCUGACGAAAUUAAUCGUGAUUCGCGAUAUUAUGCUUCGCUUCAAUGGCCCAGUGUUAAAAGCACUCAGCCUUCUGUCCAUUAUUUGAUUUGGUUACAAAGACAAUAUGGCAAGAUGUAUCUGCAAGCUUUCAGAAAAUAUGCAGAAAUAUGUUUUAACUAAGGUUGUCAUUACCAAAAAGUGUUGCAAGAAGUUGCAAUUUUUCAUAAUAACAUGUUACCAAUUUCAUUUUCUAUCCAUCCGUCCAUUUUCUGCCACUUUAUUCUCCACAUGAGGUUCACACUGGGCCAAUCUCAGCUGACAUAGGGUGAUAGGUGGGUGGUACACCCUGAACAGAUUGUCAGUCCAUCACAGAGACACAUAGAGGGACAAACAACCAUCCACUCACACCUACGGUCCCAUUUUACCUAAUCCCCAUAUUGCAUGAUUUUGGACUGUGGGAGAACCUGGAGAAAACCAAUGCGCACAUGGGGAGAACAUGCAAACUCCAUGCAGAGCGGCCCUUUAUUCAGAGUGGGUCACAAUGUCCUGAAAUCACUGGAACAUCUUUGGCCUCAGCCUUGUGGCACUUCAAAAAGGACUGAGCCUGAACAGCACACAGGGUGAGAUACGAGUGGGACCAAGUCAUCAGGCCAAGCUUCCGGAGUUGCAGCCCCGGCCUUCUCCUGGUUUACAGACACAGACGGAGAGGGAGGAGCUCAUGUGGACACCUGGAGUCAAUGACUGUGACCUCCUUAUGUACCUCCGAGCUGCAAGGAGCAUGGCAGCGUUUGCAGGGAUGUGUGACGGCGGAUCCACAGAGGACGGAUGUUUAGCAGCCUCCCGUGAUGACACUACACUCAACGCUCUCAACAUGCUCCAUUCAAGUCAUUACGACGCAGCAAAAGCUCUCCAGCGUUUGGUUAAGAAGCCUCUGCCGAAGCUGAUUGAGAAAUGCUGGUCGGAGUGUGAUGUGAAACAUUUCAUCAAAGGCCUGAGACAAUAUGGAAAGAACUUCUUUCGGAUCCGAAAAGACUAUCUACCCAGCAAAAAGACUGGAGACUUGAUCUCGUUCUAUUACCACUGGAAGAAAACUCCUGAGGCUGCAGGAACGAGAGCUUAUCGACAGCAACGCCGAGAGCCGUCCUCUCGUAAGGCAAAGACUCGCUCUGCGGCAGCUUCAGUAAACACACCGUCGCGUAAUUAUUCAGUGGAUGUGAGUUCCGCCAGUGAGGAUGAUCUUGAUAGUGAAGACAGCGAACAGGACGUUAAGACGUGUAGCCACUGUGGUACAACAAGUUCAAAAGACUGGCACGAGGGGGGAAAGGAUAAUAACCCUUUGCUGUGCACGGCAUGCCGUGCAUAUGAGAGAAAGCAUGGAUGUCUGCCACCAACUUCGAAAUCCACAGGCACGUUCAUGUUUAAACCUGUUAAAGAGGAAGAGGAGGUGAACAGCAAGCAUGGCAUGAGGACACGGCGGAGCAGAGCAACUCAGCUUUCAUCUUUAAGAAGCGGCCACAGGCGGCUGACUGGUUCCCCCACCAGUGAGGAUCAGCAGUCCAGUAACCAGCCGUCCCCCAGCGGAGUGACUUCCAGCUCCCUGAGGUCAUCGUCCAUAGACAAUAAGAAUGAGGCCACAAAGAGGACAAGCAGGAGGAUAAAAGAGGAGGCAGCAUUACCAAAGACGACGAAACGUGUACGGGAGAGUCUUGCUCUGGAGCCUGAAAAGGUUACGCCCAAGAGGCUGAAGACACAGGAUCCACAGGGAUCCCGGUCAGAGGGAGAGGCUGAGGUAGAGGAGGAAAGCUCCUCAGAAAGCCGCAGCGCUCAGGAUGAUGGCAGUAGUGACACCAAAGACAUUGAUCAGGAUAACCGCAGCUCCUCUCCCAGCAUUCCCAGCCCUCAGCAGGGCAACGAGAGCGACUCUGACUCAUCAGCCCAGCCGACUGCUGUACCGUCAGAGCCUGUUGCCCCCUCUGCGGUGUUGGUGGACACGCCUGUCUCGCAAGCCCUACCCUCUCAGGGACCUGUCAUUGCUGCUCCACCACCUCGCAGCACCUCUUCUGCUGAUCCCGCACAAAGCCCCCCUCCCACUUCUCCAGACCCUCCUCAGCCGGCUGCCAGUCAGUCACUUGCCACAGGGGCUCAAAACAUCCGACCACAGCCUGGCUCUCACCCUCUUCCUGGUCCGCCUCCUCUGCCGUCAGUGUUGGGUCAGGAUGCACCUCUUUUUUCACCAUUCCAAGUCCCACCUUCUCUCAACUUGGCACAGCCUCUGCAAUCACAAAGCCUAUCACCUCAGGCACCCCAGCGGCCGUCACCCUUCUUUCGGGAGUCACAGCUCCCUCAGCCUCCUCUGACUGGCCCACAAAUCAAGCCUCCUCCCACAACUCCAAUUCCACCUUCCCACAAACAGCUACCACACCAGUCUGCUUCUCCUUUCCCCCACAUGCCCUCUAACCUGCCGCCUCCACCCGCUCUGAAACCCCUCACUUCUCUGCCCAACCAGCACCCUCCAGGUGCUCCACCUCCCCCUCUUCAGCUCAUGCAGCAGCCCUUGUCGGUGCAGUCACAUGCAACCCAGCUUCCAGUGAUCGCUCAGGUGCAAACCCACCCUGGAAAGAGCAUAGCUUGCUCUCACCCACCUUCUGCAGCUUCACACCCUCUCAACCCCGUCACAUCCGCAGCUGCCGGCCCAGUCCCAAGCCUCCAGUCGUCCCUCCUUCCUCCUUCCCGUCCCUCCUUACCGAGCAGCACAGUGGGGGGACCACUUGCACAUAUUCAGAUAAAAGAAGAACCACUGGAUGAGGUAGAAGAGGUGCAAAGUCCACCUUCUCCACCUCGGAGCCCGUCGCCAGAGCCCGUCAUUGUGAACAUGGCAAGCCAUGCCAGCCAGUCUGCACGGUUCAUCAAACACUUGGAUCGUGGUUACAACUCUUGCGCCCGAACCGACCUGUUCUUCACUCCACUCUCGUCGUCCAAGUUGGCCAAGAAACGGGAAGAGGUUGUCGAAAAGUCGAGGAGAGAGGCCGAGCUCGGUGCGCGGCAAGACCGUGAAAGGGAGAAAGAGAGGGAGAGAGAGCGGGAACGAGAGUCGGACAGAAAUGCCAGAGCCAGCAACUCCUCCCAUGACGGUCGCAUGAGUGAGGCACAGAUGGCGGCUCAUGGUCAUGGACGGCCCUCCUUUGAGCAGCCGCCCACCACCGUCGCUGCUGUGCAGCCUUAUAUCGGCCCGGACACACCAGCUCUGCGCACCCUGAGUGAAUAUGCUCGACCACACGUGAUGUCGCCCAACAACCGCAACCAUCCGUUUUACGUGUCCCUGAGCCCAGGUGACCCCCUGCUGGCCUACCACAUGCCCGGCUUGUACAGCGCAGAGCCCAGUCUGCGAGAGCGUGAGCUGAGGAACCUCAGAGAGAGGGAGCUCCGCGAGAGAAUGAAACCAGGCUUUGAGGUCAAACCCCCAGACAUGGAGACCUUACAUCCUUCAGCCAAUCCCAUGGAGCACUUUGCUCGACAUGGCGCACUGGCUCUUCCCCAUAUACCCGGGCCUCCCCAUCACUUCGCCCCCUUUCAUCCCGGGCUGAACCACCUUGAGCGGGAGAGGAUGGUGCUAGCAGGACCCCAGCUGCGCCCGGAGCUGAGUUACGCCGAGCGACUCACCGCAGAGCGGCUCCAUGCAGAAAGGAUGGCCUCUGUAGCAACUGACCCUGCUGUUAGGCUGCAGAUGCUUAACGUGACGCCGCAUCAUCACCAGCACUCUCACAUUCACUCGCACCUCCAUCUGCACCAACAGGACCCCCUUGGUCAAGGUUCAGGUCCUCAUCCUCUGGACCCUCUGUCAAAUGGACCACGUUUGGCCCGAUUUCCUUUCCCUGGUGGUCCAAUCCCCAACCCUUUACUCAAUGAUCUCCCUCAUGAUCACGAAAUGCUGCGGCACCCAUUGUUUGGGGCUGCAUAUCCACGAGAGCUGCAGGGCCCGAUUCCUCAGAUGUCUGCUGCUCACCAGCUCCAAGCAAUGCAUGCUCAGUCUGCAGAACUGCAGAGGAUGGCUAUGGAGCAGCAGUGGCUGCAUGGACAUCACUUGCAUGGAGGCCCGAUGCCAAGCCAAGAAGAUUACUACAGCCGUCUGAAGAAAGAAGGUGACAAGCCAUCUUGAGUGUCAGGUGGUGCAUGCCCUAAAACCUUACACUUAUAGCCAAUACAAUACUGUGUACCUUUGGAGACUGUAAGAGAAUAUUUGUGUGUCAUUUUUUAUGUUUUAAUAUAUUUUAGAGAACACUUUGUGGACCUUUGCGCGCGUUCCUCGUUCAGCACUUAAUGGGACUGUCAAAGUCCGUCUGAGAUUUUCAUAUCGCUUAAGAAUUUAUACUACUUUUAUUAUCAAAAUAAUGAACACAAUCUUAUUAGUAUGAGAUUAAGUCGCAGAUUUUCUCUGUGGAACUGUACAACUAUUUGAUAUGCAGUUAUUUGAGUUACGACAACUCCUAUAAAGGAUAUGAAAACAGACUGACUUUGGAGUUUAAGUUCAAAUUAUACUCGUCUCUAUAAUGAUUUUUGAGGUGAUUUCCCUGUACAGAAUGACAUUUGAAUCAGUGUUUGAAUAACCUAGCAUGACUCAGUCUUAGUUUUCACCAAACUAGAGUAGUAAGUUGCAUUGUGGUGUUUAGACUCGACUCUGAAAGUAAUAGUAGGGAUUGGUUUUACUCUUAAAUCUGCUAAAUAUUUGUCUAAAUCCUAAAAGUUUUAUUUAUCAAGAUAUCUUUUCACAGUAUAACCGAAGCUUUUAUUCGCUCAUUUUAGAGAUUGUAAAUACCACAUGUUCAUUAUAUUCUAUAUAAAUGAGUACUAUAAAUAUAGCAGUAGAUGUAAACACUCGACCCCCCCCCCCCGAUUCAACCGUUUAGCAGUAAACCAUAAGCUAAAGCAUUAUAGAGUGUUAUAAUGUGAGAUACUGUAACUAUUAAUUGGACCACGAUCUGUCACUAAAAAAAGUUUUAUUACAACAGUGUAUUUACUUAACUUUGAUGAAAAUAACUGGAUUGGAGAAAUGAAGUCCUUGAGAUUUUAAUGUAAUUUUUAAAGAAGAACUGCCUCCCCAAUUCAGUAUUUAUGUGAUAUAAUAAGAAAAUGUAUCCAUUGCAUAUUUAUUUCAAUAAAUAUUUCUGCAGUGACA